AUGGCGACCGAGGGGGAAUACGAGUCCAUCCUGUGCGUAAAACCAGAAGUGAACGUGUACCGCAUCCCCCCCAGGGCUUCGAACCGCGCGUACAGGGCUGCAGACUGGAAACUGGAUUCUCCUGACUGGUCUGGAAGAAUGAGGGUCACGGCCAAAGGGAAAGCAGCUUUCAUCAAACUGGAAGACAAGAUCUCAGGUGAGCUGUUCGCGCAGGCCCCUGUGACUGAGCAUCCUGGUAUCGUCGUGGAGACUGUGAGUGACUCCAGCCGAUAUUUCGUCAUCAGGAUCAUGGAUGACAACGGCCGUAGCGCUUUCAUUGGGGUUGGAUUCGGCGACAGAGGAGACGCCUUUGAUUUCAACGUGGCUCUUCAGGACCAUUUCAAAUGGGUGAAACAGGAGACAGAGUUCAGUAAGAACGCUCAGCUCGGAGACACUGGACCCAAACUGGACCUGGGCUUUAAAGAGGGACAGACCAUCACGCUCAACAUCGGACAAGGCAAGAAGAGGGAUAAGCCUCGUCCUCAGAGCGCAGGAGGGUUUGGGCUCCUCCCACCGCCGCCGGGAGGAAAAAUGGCCCCUCCCCCGUCGUCUGGAACGUCCAAUCACAACACAGUUACCCAGACAGGAAGCACAGUCACAGGGCCACAUUGA